GCUACAUCUUAUGUUAACGCUAUCCAGGCUAUUGGUAGUUCUUCUCGCUUCUAUCUACGUGGCGAAUGCCUUGCACUUUUACUUGAACACGGGAGAGUCGAAGUGUUUCUUCGAGGACUUGCCUUACGGCACUUUCGUUGUUGGGAAACUAAACGCCGAGGAGGUGGACCCAACAACGGUCGAAUAUUCCGCACCAUCCUACCUCAAAAUCGCCGUAACUGUGGAUGAAACGUUCGACAGCCACCGCGUAGUAGCCCAGAAGAUCACCCCCAACGGGGAGUUUACAUUCACCGUGCUCGAUGACGGUGAGCACAAGUUCUGUGUCACACCGGUCCACGAUAAGGGCCACGGGAAAAAGGCCAAAACCCGAAUCUUCUUCGACAUGGCCUUUGAUUCCACACAUACUAUCACCGGCAGCAAAGGUAAGACGGACCACCACUGGUUGACGGAUCGUGUGAACGAGAUGAACACCAAGUUAGAGCUGAUACAGAUGGAGCAGUUCAGCAUCCGUGGGAAGGAAGCACAGUUCCGUAAUACAUCCGAGGCCGUCAACGCAAAGAUCUUGCGCUAUACGGUACUCCAGGUGCUCGUGUUGAUGGCCACCGCAGGCUGGCAGUUACGCCAUCUCAGGCGUUUCUUCCAGAAGCAAAAGGUGGUGUAGGAGGCUGUGUGUUUAUUGCAUAUAUUUCAUGUAUAAAACCAGUAUAAAUUAAGC